UGCUACUUGAGCUCUCUACUCAAGGAAGUUACACCACGGAAGUCAGUGGAUCUACAUGAAUCUGGAAAACUUCAACACCAACUUGCUGUGGACUUGGACGAGAAGAUCAACAUCCAGUGGCAAAAACAUGGUUACCCUUUGGUUGGCUCAUUGAGCUAUUCAGUGAAAGAAAUUGAGUACAUCGCACGAGUCAUUGACAGAACUGGAGGAGGAAGAAACAUUAUCGUUGUAAUUUCUCUGGGCCAGCAUUUCAGACCCUUCCCCAUUGAUGUUUUUAUCCGAAGGACCCUCAAUAUCCACAAAGCUGUUCAGCGUCUUCUUCUGAGAAGCCCAGACACUAUGGUUAUUAUCAAGGCAGAAAACAUCAGGGAGAUGCACGGUGAUGUGGAAAGAUUCAGUGACUUUCAUGGUUAUGUCCAGUAUCUUGCCAUUAAGGAUAUUUUUCAAGACCUCAUGGGCAUCAUUGAUGCCUGGGAUAUAACAAUUGCAUAUGGCACAAAUAAUGUCCACCCACCUCACUCUGUAGUCAGAAAUCAAGUUAGUAUAUUGCUAAAGUAUAUUUGCUAGAUAACACCUCUGAAAUCCAUUCACUUAAUUAAAAACAUUUAUAAAGUGUUUGCUAUCAUGCCAGUUCCUAUAUUUGGCUCUGAACUCCCAAUUAGCAUGAGAGAAUCUGCACUAUGGCUAAUCCAUAAACCACCAAUUCAACCAAAUAAAUUA